CUGGCAUAUAACAUUUAAUUUUUCUAACGAACUAUUUUAUUUUGCAGAUUUCUUGUGGAAUCCUGAAAUAUUGCAAGAAUGUGAUGUGACCUGGAUGUCUGGUCCGGGAUUUUUCACAACUUCAACCAGAUCGAACAAGACUUCUGGUCGCGGAAGAGGAAGCGGCAGGUCCAACGAUUUAUCAAGAUCCAGCGAACUUCGUUACAUCUGCCCAAACGAUUGCGGCAGAUCUUACCUCCGUAAGGAAACUCUGCGGCGUCACUUGCGGCUAGAAUGCGGCGUCGAGAGAAAGCACCGCUGCGGCAUCUGCGACCAGCGUUUUGUACGACGUGACCACGUCAAAGUACAUCUAAUUCAUGUCCAUGGCCUUAAGGCUGAAACUGGCCUAGAAGUUCACAUGAGAUACGUUUGA